GGGGACUAAUUUCGUAUUGUGCGAUUUACUAUCUACCGACACAACGACCGGUUCGUUGUUCGACUGUGGUUCGUAUCUUUUGUGAUCAGCUUCAGUUCUGAAAGAAUCAAAUCUGGAUUAUAGUACUAUGACAACUGACCCAGAGCGCGUUGGCGAUAAGAGUGAUAUGGAAUCUGUUGAAGAUGAAGAUGAUAACAACACUUCAGAGUUUACUUCCCAAAUUUUACGUAGACCUGAUGUGUUAGCUGCUCUACAAGAUCAUAUUCCUGCCCCAGGAAUAGAGCAAAUGCAGAAUCUUCCAGCUUCUGUAAAACGCAGAAUUAAAGCUUUGAAACAAUUACAAUUAGUUACUACCAAUAUUGAAGCAAAAUUCUAUGAGGAGGUACAUGCUUUGGAAUGUACUUAUUACAAAAUGUGUGCACCUCUUUAUGAAAAGAGGAGUGAAAUAGUAUCUGGUGUUUAUGAGCCAACGGAUGAACAAUGUGUAUGGGAAAGUGAUGAGGAUGAAGAGGGAUUAACUAAUGAUUUAAAAACGAAAGUGAAGCUCGAAGAUGAUAAAGAUGUAAAGAAAGAAGAGGAGUUAGCUGAAGAUGCAAAGGGCAUUCCAGAUUUCUGGUUGACAAUAUUUAAAAAUGUUGGAACAUUAGCUGACAUGGUUCAAGAACAUGAUGAACCAAUACUUAAACAUUUGUAUGAUAUUAAAGUAAUAUUCCUUGAAUCUAAUCCAAUGGGUUUUGUUCUUGAGUUCCAUUUUGAACCAAACGAAUACUUUACUAACUCGGUUUUAACAAAAGAAUAUAUUAUGAAAUGUACUCCUGAUAAAAAUGAUCCAUUCAGUUUUGAAGGGCCUGAAAUAUAUAAAUGCAAGGGUUGCGUAAUAGAUUGGAAAAAGGGAAAGAAUGUCACGGUAAAAACCAUUAAAAAAAAUCAGAAACAUAAAUCUCGGGGGUCCAUGCGAACUGUAACAAAAACUGUUCAAAAUGAAUCAUUUUUCAACUUUUUCAAUCCACCAGUUGUACCAGAUGAUGCAGAAGCAGAGUUAGAUGACGAAACUCAAGCUUUGCUAACAAGUGAUUUUGAAAUUGGUCAUUAUAUUAGAGAGCGUAUAGUUCCUCGAGCUGUACUGUAUUAUACAGGGGAAGGAUUAGAGGAUGAAGACGAGGACUACGAAGAAGAAGAAGGUGAUGAAGAUGAUCCUGAAGAUGAGGAUGAAGAUGAUGAGGAGUCCUCUCCUACUAAUGCACCGUCAGGUGGGAAACAGCAAGGAAAUGAUCCUAAUGAGUGUAAACAGCAGUAGAAUUACAUACAAAUUAAGAUAAGAAAAAUC